UAAAAAAUGGCUAACAUCCUUGAUUUCCUUGCCCUCGCUCAAUAUACAAUCCUUGCCAUCGUUCUUGCAGCCAUCACUGUUACCGCUGAUGAUGCCACACCAAUCCCAGAUACUCCAGAUGGAAUACAAGCUUGGUUUGAUGCUAACAUCAAGCCCCUUGCUGACCGUGCGGGCACCUUAGAAAAAGCCCUUGAAGCAGCAGAAGCUACACCUAAGACCAUAAAGGUGAGAGCAGAUGGAAGUGGAGAAUUCAAAACCAUAACUGAUGCGGUUAAGAGCAUCCCAACAGGAAAUAAAGAGCGUGUUAUUGUGGAUAUUGGCCCCGGAACUUAUACUGAGAAAGUCACCAUUGAAAGAGAUAAGCCUUUCAUUACUUUCCUCGGACCACCUGAUAAGGCAACCCUGGCAUUUGGUGGUACUGCUGCUGAAUAUGGAACUGUUUACAGUGCCACAUUACAAGUGGAUUCUGAUUUCUUUGUGGCAUCUAAUUUAAUCAUUCAGAAUACUGCACCUAGGCCGGAUGGCAAAAGAGCUGGAGCCCAAGCAGUUGCUUUUAGGAUCGGCGGUAAUAUGGCAGCUUUCUACAAUGUUAAAAUGCUUGGAUUUCAAGACACAUUGUGUGAUGACAAGGGCUUUCAUUUCUUCAAAGACUGUUACAUUGAAGGCACAGUUGAUUUCAUUUUUGGAAGUGGAAAAUCCAUUUAUCUACAAACAGAGAUACGUGUGUUAGCAGAUGCAGAACAAACCGUGAUAACAGCACAAGCAAGAGAAACUGAAGCACAAGAUGUGGGUUACUGUUUUGUACAUUGCAGUAUAACUGGAACAGGAACUGGAGCACUCUUGGGUCGAGCAUGGAUGCCGAUGCCUAGGGUGGUGUUCGCUUACACUAGCAUGGCCGAAGUUAUCAAUCCUGAAGGAUGGUCUAGUAACAACCAUCCUGAACGAGAAGCGCAAGUAUUCUUUGGAGAAUACAAGAAUACAGGACCAGGCGCUGCUCCAGCUGGACGCGUUAAAUAUGCCAAGCAACUAACUGAAGAAGAAGUGAAACCCUUCCUUUCCCUUGGCUUUAUUAAAGGUACCAGUUGGUUGCUUCCUCCACCAAAGGCGUAAAUGGUUUGUAAAAAGGCCAUAGAGAGUAUCUAUUCGAGUUCAAUAUAGCGCAGCUCAUGCGUGCGGCGCAAAUUCUUAAUUUUGGUAUAUAUUUUUGUUUCAUGCAAACAAACCAGAUAUGCAUUUGAGUAACAAAUCUGGUGCUGAGUUUUAAUUUCUUCUUGAAAAUAAAUGUACAAUUUUCCCUUGAAACCCUUCCUUAUAUUAAAGGUACCAGUUGGUUGCUUCCUCCUCCAAAGGUGUAAAGAGUUUAAUCAAGGGCCAAUGUGUGAAUAUCAUAUCACAUAUGAGAGUCCAACAAGGAGUAUAUAGUAUAAAUUACAUCCAUUCGGCAAUUUUGGCAUAUUGUUUAUUGUAAAAAACCUGAUUUUUGGAACAAAAGUUGGGGUUAAAGCUUCUUCCUGAAUAUAA